UUUUAAGGUAAUCAUUGACGUGAACGCAUCAUCUAGGUGCAUGAUCCCCUUUUUUUGUAACUCUAGACAACUUCUCAAUCAAAACGCGGGUUAACGUCAUUGCAGGAUCCGGCGAUACUCCUGCUUUUCGCGCAUAACUUUUUCGGGCGUUCCUUCCUUUCACUCACGGUGAUUCAUUUCCAGCUACUACACUGGGAAUGGUCAAUAUGGGAAUGGACGGGGAGCGGAGGUUUGCCUUACGAGACACCUGCGCGGGCAUUCAGCAUCGGCAGCCGGAUAAGACGCGCAGCAGAUAUCCGAAUGAAAUUAAAAGGAGACACUUAUCUGCCAUCUGGGAUGCAACGGGCAGUUUUCAUACGGUGACAUUUCAUUCUGGUGAAACGCACUUUUAUUUUGCUCUCUGUUUUUAUUUUCUUCAUAUUUGUUAUUAUAAAUGAUUUCUUCCUGAGCUGCUGAUGUAAACGCUUUCCACAAGGAGCAGUCCCCAUCCGCCUGCACAUGGCACCGCGCCCCGGCAUCUCACAUCCAGCCUGGAGCCGGGCUCGGUUCCUUCCGCUCUUCCUGCGUAAGAAGCUUAACCAUAACCAGAUAAUGUCCCGCCUUUGUGGAUGGACUGAUGCGAUCACUCGGGGAAAAAAAAUCUGCGUAAAAGGGGAGGGGUAAAAACCAGCUUACUUUUUUCCCCACCUUUUCCACAAGAGAUCAUCAAGGGAACAGGAGUUUGUCUGGCAGAAGUUGGGAAAGAGGGGCUUCCCCUGCGCAGGUCACCUCCCACGUUGGCGUUUGAAUGCAUCUGACCGCCACAUGGACGAAGACUGAUGGCAAAAAGCAGGGUGUCGCAUGAAUACACGGACGCGGAGGAUAAGAGCAUCCGGCUCGGCGUGGUCCUCAUUGCGUCCGGCGUCCUUUCUUUCUUCAUCGUGCUCUUCUGCUGGCUGAACCCCAUCCUCCAGAGCAUGCAGAGCACGCCGGCCAACUGCACGGUGGUGUCAGUCAAACGGCCGGGCGAGAUGUUUGAGUGCGUCUUCACAUGCGGGCCGGAUUGCCGGGGCACGUCGCUGUACCCCUGCCUGCAAGUCUUCGUCAAUAACUCGCAGUCAGACUCGCUGGCGUUGCUGCAUUACGAUGAGCAGCAGCUGUUGGGCAACCCCAAGUGCUCCUACGUUCCUCCCUGUGAGAGAGACGACCAGAAGAACAGCGAGAGGGUCCUUCUCUGGCAGGAUUACUGGACCAAGGAAGUCCAGUCCCGUAUCUUCACCUGCUUCUUCAAUCAGCAGAGGAGGCCGAAUGACGUGGUCUGGAGACAGGCCCAAAACGAGAGUGUGGUGAUGCACUGCGUCCUCUGGCCGCUGCUCUGCCUGCUGAUGGGGGCGCUCAUCGUCCUCCUCACUGUCUGCACCCACAUUCUGGCUGAACGCGCAGAGGCCAUCCAGAAGCUCUCCUAGGAUCCCACAGGAAGCACAGCACGUGCUACAGGCUCCUGAUCCAGAGACCGUUAUGUAGAUCUCCGUCCGGUGAUGGGCGGCAUCCCGCAGAGGAUGUCCCCCUAACUGCAGUGGUGGCCGCCUUCAAGACAUGAACGUGUUUCUUCAUCUGCUACAUACAUCUUUUUUUUUUUUUUUUAAAGCAAUCUGCUGUAUUUCGGGUCCGCAUGACAAUGGAGUCAUCUUGUGGAUUGUUGUAUUACGUGGUUAAAUGUAAAAACUUCUGCUGAGGACCGAACGCCAUUUUGUGGGGUAUUCGUCAUGGUGGCAGCAUUCCUGAUCUGACUGGACUGAUCCACCAUCUCAGACUGUCGUCACAUCAGAGCUACACACCAUGAGAUAUGGACAGUGCUACGGCCUGCAUACCCACUACAAGGUUAUUUAAUUUUAACCACAUGACCCUAAAUUAAUCAGAUGACUGCUCCUCCCCGCCCCAUGUUUUGUCCUGGCUAUAGCAGGUUGUAUUUUACCAUGUCCUUCCUUCGCCUGUCACGCGUAUUACUCUAGAACACAUGUACAGUCUAUAGUAUUCAUGUUCUAGGAUAUACACAAGUCCUUCACCAAGAUCUGUAUAUUCUAGAAGACUUGGUUGUAUGGUAUGUAUGUUCUAGCGCUUGGCUGAUCUGUUACUUUCACUCUCUACACGUUUGUUUCUGUUCAUAAAUGACAGCAUAUUUUGAGCUGCCUCUUUUUUUACCAUUCUUAGCUAAACUUUUUGUUCUUUGUUUUUCCUUGUUAAAUUUGAUAUUUACGGUUAAAGAUGAGAUUAUGAGGUAGCUGGCUCAGUAACAGAAGCACAAAUCACAGAACGGCUUCUUGGUUCUGGAUGCCAGCUCGUCCAGCUCACCAGCUGCACCUCACCAUUUUGCUGGGGGUGUUAUGCUGUGCGUUCUGACGUUUCCAGCGGCCUGCUUCUGAAGUUUGCUGUUCUACAGGAAUGUAGCGGAUCACCCGUGUAAAGCUGGCCCAUCUCCCACGCAGUAGACCUCAUGCAACACAGACAAUCAGGGCUUGGUGAUCUCACGUCAUGCUCGUACCUCUCGGCGCAGACUGUAAGGCUUCUGCCAGCAGCCAGGAUGUCACUAAGUCUGCACUGAUCUGCCAGGUGAACGAGAUUCAACAAGCCAGUGUGUAACUUUUAAUCAAUAGUGCCUAUUAAAGACAUUUAUUAAAGCUAAUAUUAAUAUUGUCUUGAAGGAAGUCUUGUGUACCCAUCAAUUUAGCUUUGUCCUUGUUUGUUGCUUGUCUAACAUGACUGUGUGAUAUCAGUGUGAUUCUUAGCUCUGUAUGUUCGGUAAUUGCUCAUCGAUUUAUCUGCAUCUUCUGCUUGGUGUGCAUGUGCCUCCGAUUUUCUGUUGUCUUGUUAAAGUUUGCCAUGACAGCUGUGGUAAUUGGUAGCAGGUUUGGUUGUUCUCAGAAUAUUCUCUGACUCCUGCCGUCCUGUAAAAACAACAUUACAGUGGAAUAAAACAGAAUGGAUCCUUCA